UUUUAAACGGAACGAAGAUAUCAGCACACAUCGACCGAACUUCUACUUUGCGGUAUGGCGCACAGCAUGCUUCCCUCGUUUCCUUUCUUCGACGCGCGUGCCACUGACGCCAAUAACGUCGGCACCGAAUGGUUGAAGUGGGUGAAACGCUUCGAAAACUUCAUCGUAGCCUGCGGCAUCACAGCCGACGCCCGGAAGACGGCCCUACUACUACACUACGUUGGUGAAGAAGUUUAUGACAUUUACUGUUCGCUACCUGAUUCUCCCGCAGCCGCAACUGCGUCAACCGUUUCAAGCACGGAUGGCUCCAGCAACUCAACGCCUCUCUACACCGCAGCACGCAAGAAGCUCGAUGGCUAUUUUGCACCCCGAGUGAACACUACCUUCGAGAUUUACCGCUUCCGUCAAGCCAAGCAAAUGGAAAACGAAUCACUCGACGCGUUCUACGCCAGACUACGACAGCUCGUUAAGCACUGUGCUUUCGCCGAUGCCGACACCGAAAUCAAGAAUCAAAUCCUCCUGUCUACAGUGUCAACACGUCUACGCCGGUAUGCCAUGCAGCAUGACCUCGACUUGCAAGGAAUUCUCAAACAAGGCAGGUUGUUUGAAGAGGUCGAGCACAACAUCUCUGUGAUCGAGCAAGAACGUCAGCAGUACAAAGAAAACUCAGCGUCAGCGUCUACACUUGCAGUGAACUCCAAGCGCACCUCGCGACCUCAUCAACCGAAGUACCACGGGAAAGCGCCAUCACGGCCUCGCGAGCCUCCGCGCCAUCAAAGGACAGACGCAACAUGCUACAACUGCGGAAAAUCAUGGCCUCAUAGUGAGGGACGCUCCAGCUGCCCCGCUCUUGGCAAACAGUGUAAUGCUUGUCACAAAACUGGACACUUUGCUAGUGUGUGUCGUUCAACACGCAAAACCGUGCAUGCAGUCGUGCGGGAAAGCAGCCCUGACAGUGAUGAACACGCCUUCAUGACUUCCUCUCACUGUCUCCCAAUCACGGCCUCUCCCCAGGUGGAUCUCAAACUCGAUGGUGAGACCGUCCGUUUUACCAUUGACACUGGUGCUACCGUGUCUGUCAUCGGUUCGAAUAGCUUGAAAAAGCGUUUGAGCACGGAAACGCUGUCCAAGACGUGCAAGAAAGUAUUUGCUUAUGGCGCAAAUUCUCCUUUACCGCUACUCGGAAAGUUAGAUGUUCUCAUCACCUACAAGAACAGCAGCAGCCAUGAAACUUUCUAUGUUGUGUCCGGAGACUGUCCCCCACUACUUAGUUUCUCUGCAGCUUCCCGUGUAGGACUAGUCCAGAUCACGUAUAGUGUGGGAGAGGUGCCAAACAGACUGGAUCCGAGAGUGGCCUACCCAGACCUUUUCAAGGGAGUGGGCUGUCUAAAGGACUUCCAAGUACACCUCCAUGUUGACCCCCUUGUUCAACCAGUAGCACAACCUCACAGACGCAUCCCCUUCUCCAUGCGAAAGCCACUGGAAGAAGAGCUUGAAAGGCUACAGUCCCUCGGCAUAAUUGAAAAGACUGAAGGACCAACCCCUUGGGUAUCUCCAAUCGUGGCAGUACCGAAACCACAUGACCUCGAGCAUAUUCGAAUGUGUGUCGACAUGCGCUGUGCUAACCAAGCCAUCCAGCGUGAGAGACAUGUCACACCGACAGUGGGCAACAUCCUUGUUGCUUUGAAUGGAUCCAUCUUAUUCUCGAAACUUGAUCUGAAAGAUGGAUACCACCAAUUAGAACUUGAUGCAUCAUCUCGUGUGAUCCCCACAUUCUCUACACAUGCUGGACUCUUCCGAUACAAGAGACUCAACUUCGGAAUCAACUCAGCAGCCGAAGUGUUCCAGGACACCAUCCGUCAGGUUCUAACCAACAUCCCCAAUGUGCUCAACGUAAGCGAUGACAUAUUGGUGUAUGGAAAGACUGAGAAAGAGCAUGAUGAAGCUUUGAAGGCGACACUGGAAUGUCUACUUGCAAGUGGCCUCACAUUGAACGUCAAGAAAUGCAAAUUCUACCAACAGGAACUUACCUUUUUCGGGCAUGUGUUCUCAAGCAAAGGUGUACAACCAGACCCCACUAAGGUGUCUGCAGUAAUCUGUGCCUCACCACCCACCAGUGCCAGUGAAGUGAAAUCUCUCCUUGGUCUUGUUAACUACUGUGGUCGGUUCAUACCGAAUCUGGUCCACCUCACCCAACCACUCAGGAAACUCACAGCCAAAGGAGAGGACUGGUGUUGGACAGACAUACAGCAAGAUGCCCUGGACGAACUGAAGAGAAAGCUUUCCGAGGCCACAGCUCUUGCCUACUUUGACCCAGGAAAGGACAUCACACUCAUUGUAGAUGCUGCUCCUCAUGGCCUAGGUGCCAUUCUCACGCAGACAUCCGGAAGUGAAACCAGGGUGGUAGCAUAUGGGAGUCGUGCCCUUUCUCCUGUGGAGGCACGCUACUCUCAAAUUGAAAGGGAAAUGCUGGCUGUAGUGUGGGGAAUUGAGCACUUUCACAUCUACCUGUAUGGGACAGCAUUCCACCUACUAACGGACCACAAGCCAUUGGUCAGUAUUCCCAGCAACCCCCGCUCCCUGCCUUCAGCACGGCUAGAGCGUUUGGCACUUCGAAUUCAACAAUACACCUUUGAAGUGCAACACACUAGUGGUCCAAACAACCCAUCUGACUACUUGUCCCGCCACCCAGUAAACUCCACAGAACCAUUUCGGCGCAUGGAGUCUGUCGCUGAGCAGUAUGUGAACUUCAUCAUGUCUCACAGCCUACCUCGUGCCAUGACCAUAAAGGAGGUAACCGAAGCGACGUUAGCUGACCCGGUGAUCAACUCACUCAAGCAAGCCCUAAAGCAACCCCAGAAAGGCAAACAUUGGAAGAACACAACUCUACAGCCUUUCUCUCGCGUUGCGACAGAACUGUCAGUCUCCAAAGAAGGCCUUGUGUUAAGAGGCACGCGGAUAGUACUGCCAGCACAACUUCACACAAAGGCGGUGCACCUUGCACAUCGAGGCCACCAAGGCAUUGUCAAUACAAAACAGCUGUUGCGUGAGGUGUGGUUCCCAGGGAUAGACUCUCUAGUGGACCAGACAGUUAAGAGCUGCCUGGCAUGCCAAACUAACACACCGCUACACCAUCGAGACCCUUUGCCAAUUCAGGAGCUUCCUCAAGGCCCGUGGACAGAACUGUCAUUAGAUUUUGCUGGCCCUUUCCCUGAUGGCAAGUAUGCCAUGGCAGUUGUGGAUGAUUUCUCCAAGUACCCAGUCGUUAGCAUCUUACACACUCUUGCAGCACCUACAGUCAUCAAGCAACUGCGCACUAUAUUCGCUCAGUUCGGCUGUCCGGAAAUUGUAAAGUCAGACAAUGGCCCACCCUUUCAGAGCGAGGGUUUUGCAGAGUUUGCUAGCGAGCUUGGAUUCAAGCAUCACCGCAUCACUCCACGGUGGCCAGAGGCUAACGGGGAAGCCGAACGAUUCAUGCGCACCCUCAAGAAGUCGAUACUCGCAAGUCGUGUCAGCCACUUGGAUUGGACCAAUGAGCUUCAGUCGUUCCUCCUGGCUUACAGGUCCACACCCCAUGGUUCCACAGGAAAGUCUCCGUUUGAACUUCUAUUUGGGAGACCCAUGAGGAAUCUUCUACCGACACUUGCUGCUGAUACUCAGAACUCAGCUCACUCUGAGGCGAGACAGAAUGACACCCAAAGAAAAGCAUACAACAAGCAGUACGUCGAUUCUCGGAGACACACCAGUCACAACCAGCUGCAUGUUGGACAACAAGUCCUCUGCAAACAAGACAGGUCAAACAAGUUCUCGUCUUACUAUGACCACCACCCAUACACAAUCAGCAAAGUCACUGGCUCCAAAAUCACAGCGUCCAGAGAUGGAGUGUCGAUUUGUCGCAACUCUAGCUUCUUCAAAGAUGCGAGCACAGUUCAAAUGGAACGACACCAGGACCAGCCCGACAUGCCAGAUCUGGACGAUGCAGCUGUGCCAAGUAACUGUGACCCUCCAAGCCACAGCACAGCUACUCCUGGUGAAGCUCCACCAGCAACUACCAAGACCGCCUCACAGCGGUACCCCCAACGAACAAGGCAACGACCUAAGCGCCUGAAAGACUAUGUGUUUGAACAAAACUGA